AUGUAUAACGAAGAAAGCUCACAAAAUAUUAACAAUAAUCUACCUACAGAAUGGACCGUAGGCUUUACUCAAGAUCAAGCUGAUAUGAAUUUGCUGAACAUUUAUAAUAAUCCAUCAAUAGAAUGGCCCGCUGACUUUACUCAAGGUUACGAAAAUCAAAUUAAUAAAAGUUUAUCUACAGAAUGGCAUAAGGACUUGUCUCAAGACCAAACUCAUAUAUGUUUGCCAAAUGGUUAUAAUAAUUCAUUCAUCGAAUGGUCCGAAGGCUUUAGUCAAGAUCAAGCUAAUAAUAAUAUACCUAUCGCUAUAGAGUGGUUCACAAAUAAUGAUCCGUUUAUGAAAUGGGAUACAGGUUUUACUCAAUAUCAAACUAGUACAAGUGUUACUCAAAAUGAUGAGAAUCAAAUUGAUUGUAAUUCAUCUUUAGAAUGGACAGCAUUCUUUACUCAAGAUCAGACUAAUACAAGCUUGCUAAAUAUUUAUAAUGCUCAACAUUGUGAGGAACAAAUUAAUACUUUACAACAACAUGAUACAAAAUCAGAGCAAAAGUACAAACGGCGUAAAAAUUAUAAUGUUAUUCUUAAAAUUUUGAAUAAUUCUGAAAAAAUGGAUGCUGAUUUUUUAAAUGAGCUAUUACAUUUAAUUUCAAUCAGGCUUAAUUUAGUACACAAAAAUAAAAUCAUUCACUGUGAUCUUCAUAGUGGCAAUAUUCUUAUUGGUCACUAUAACGGCUAUUCUACAACACCAACGAUUGCAGAUUUAGGAAUAAGCAAACCAAUAGAUGAAUUGUCAGAUAAGAAUGCAAUCUAUGGUGUUAUUCUGUAUAUUGCACCAGAGGUGUUAAAAGGAGAAAGGUUUACACAAGCUUCAGAUAUUUAUAGUUUUGGUAUGAUUAUUUGGGAGGUAAUAAGUGGCUGUAGGCCAUUUUCUGAUCAUAAACAUGAUGAAUAUCUUAUUCUGGAUAUUCUUAAUAGUCUUUGCCCAAAAAUUCCAUCUAGCAUUCCUCAAGAUUUAAUUGAAUUGAUGGAAACAUGUUGGCAUCAGGAUCCUGAAAAAAAAAAUUAUGCAAAAAGAAAAUUUACAGUUCAGAAAAAAGGAUUCUUAAGCCGGUAUGAACUAAAUGAAUUGCGAGAGGAGCAGAGGAAUGGUGGUCUGGCAAAUGCGUUAAGUAAACUUAUUGAAAAAGCAAAUAAAGGAGAAAUAAAAUUUCCAGAAAAUAUAGAUACAAGUAUUUUGCCAACUAAAACAAAUGAUCAAGCAAUUUACUCUAGUCGACCAUUAAUUCAAUUGAUUAGUAAAGCAUUGACUUUACAAAGUAUGCGAUUAGAUAGUAAUGUAAUUACAGGUGAGAGAAUAUAUUGUAUUGAAUUGUAUAUUUCUUAUUUUAAGCAUAAACUAAUAUAA